AAGAAAUCGGUGUGAACUUUGUGCUCCGGAAGUUAGCUGCGGCCGCCAGUAGCACUAUGACGAUCUCGGUGGAGGAUGGACAGGUGCGGAUCCACACCAAGGGACCCAAAGAUUCCGACCAUAAAUUUCACCUGGAUACGGAGGUGGAGUCCAGCGAUCCUCAGGACAACCCAAUGAAGGCUACAGUGACCUGGAAAGACGGGAAACUAAUAACAGAGGCCAAACCGACGGAAGGGUCAAAGGGCAAGGCCACCCGCGUGGAGAGAGAGUUGGUGAAUGGGGAACUUCUUAUGACAAUUUAUGUCAACAACGUGGUGUGUCGACGAAUCUUUAAGAAGAAAUGAGAUCCGCCACUUUCCCCUGCACAGACUAGAUUUGCUCAGUAUUACAUUCGUCACAUUUCUAUUGUAUUGACCAUUAUCAUGACAUUACUACAUUGUGUCUGGACCAUGUACAUGUAUCCAAGCUGAUAUUCAGCCUGGGUGAUUAUGUUUUUGUUUGUGUAUGGUUGGUUGUUUUUGUGGUUUUACAAAACCAGCAAACGAGCGUCAGUCUUUCUAUAGAGUACCAUAAAACGUGUUAAGCUAUUGACAGUUUUAUAAUUGUUUAUGAGGACCAACAAAUUGUUAUAUGCUUGACAAGAAAUCUAAUAAACAAGUCUUAUCGA